AUGAGUUCAGCUUUUCUUUUCACUUUGGCAAAUCGUAACCGUGGUACACUUGAAGUUUUGAAAUUUCAUGACAGAAAUACAUGUAUAUCAGAAGUAGCAGAAUCUUAUGAUAAAUGUCGAUUUGACAGUUCACUAUUUGAUAGACUGGCGAAACGUUGUCCAAAACUUAGAGUAUUAGAAUUACAUACAUAUCAUCAAGAAACUAAUCCUAAUAAUGCGAGAAGGCAACAUCUAGAGAAAUUACAGGUACAUCGACGUCUUAAAGAUGUACAAUUUUAUUUUUGUAAUAUUGAUGAUUUGAAAAGUUAUUAUUAUGAUCAAA